AUGUUCCCGCGGAGGCUGGUGGGAGCCGCGGCUGCAGCGGCGGCGGCGGUGGCGGCGGCGGGCGCCGUGCCGCGGGGCGGGGGCCUGCUCGCCCUGCUGGCCAAUCAGUGCCGCUUCGUGACGGGCCUGCGCGUGCGUCGCGCACAGCAGAUCGCGCAGCUCUACGGCCGCCUCUACUCGGAGAGCGCGCGGCUGGUCCUCCUGGGCCGCCUGUGGCGCCGGCUGCGGGGCCGAGCUGGCCAUGUCUCGGCCGUGAUGGCGGCGGUUGCGGGCUUCGUUUGGGACGAGGAGCGGAUCAAGGAGGAGGAGCUGCAGAGGUCCAUUGAUGAGAUGAAACGGUUAGAGGAAAUGUCAGCUGUGUUUCAGAGCCCUGGGGUUGAGCGCCACCCUCCAGAACCAAAAUCCCAAACAGAAGGAAAUGAAGAUUCAGGGGGCAAAAAGGCGGCACCAUGGGAAAUGGUGAUGGAUAAGAAACACUUUAAGCUGUGGCGUCGCCCUAUUGCAGGCAGCCACCAUUACCAGUACAGAGUUUUUGGAACCUACACAGAUGUUACACCCCGGCAGUUCUUCAAUGUUCAGCUGGACACAGAGUACAGGAAAAAGUGGGAUGCCCUGGUGAUCAAGCUGGAGGUGAUUGAGAGGGACGUCAUUAGUGGCUCUGAGGUUCUUCACUGGGUAACACAUUUCCCUUAUCCAAUGUACUCCCGGGAUUAUGUUUAUGUUCGGCGGUACAGCGUGGAUCAGGACAACAAUGUGAUGGUGUUGGUGUCACGCGCUGUGGAGCACCCUAGUGUGCCAGAGUCUCCAGAAUUUGUAAGGGUCAAAUCAUAUGAAUCCCAAAUGGUUAUCCGUCCCCACAAGUCAUUUGAUGAGAACGGCUUUGACUACUUGUUGACAUACAGUGACAAUCCCCAGACUGUGUUUCCUCGCUACUGUGUUAGUUGGAUGGUUUCCAGUGGUAUGCCAGAUUUCCUGGAGAAGCUGCACACGGCCACUCUGAAAGCCAAGAACAUGGAGAUCAAAGUAAAGGACUAUAUCUCAUCUAAGCCUGUGGAAAUGGGGAGUGAAGCCAAGGCCACCACCCCGUCUUCUGAGCGGAAGAACGAGAGUAGUUGUGGCCCUGCCCGGAUCGAGUAUGCUUGA